GGUCGGCGCCAUGGCGGUGGCAAAUUCAAGCCCUGUCAACCCCGUGGUGUUCUUCGAUGUCAGCAUCGGCGGCCAGGAAGUUGGCCGCAUGAAGAUCGAGCUCUUUGCAGACGUGGUGCCUAAAACAGCCGAGAAUUUUAGGCAGUUCUGCACUGGAGAAUUCAGGUUAGUCUCAGACGUGGUUGACUUCUUUGCUCGCUCCUGAGAGGUAUCCUGGGGCUGCAGCGAGGGUAUUUGUGAACAACCAGCAGGCCUUGCAUGAUUGCUGGUAACAGUAAUAGCAGAUAAUCCCCCAUGGGUCUCUUCUCAGUUCAUUUGCCCUCUUUAUCUCUCUUCUCACCAUCUUUAGGAGAGUCUUUGGCUCGAGUAUGUGAUAAACUUGUAAGGUUUAUGGUGUACCUGUCAUCAUUCCAAGUCUCUGUAUUUUGUUUGUAGAAAAGAUGGGGUUCCAAUAGGAUACAAGGGGAGUACCUUCCACAGGUAAGGGCUUUGGCAAGACAUCCUGGGGGGCUUUUAGAAUUACUUCCUUGGGCGAUUGGUCUCUUUAGAGGAAAACAAAACCAUGGGGUAAUUCUUAGAUCUUGAAAAGGGAUGUUUUUAUGAACUCAACAGGUGAGUUGAAGACUUCCUUUAAAAAGUGAUAAACACUGUAUUUUGAAAUCAUUAUUGGAAGUAUCCGAAUCUUCUCUCUGGAUCUUUCGUUCUGUUUCAGGGUCAUAAAGGAUUUCAUGAUUCAGGGUGGAGAUUUUGUUAAUGUAAGUACUGUUCUUUCCUCUUGAGUCCUGCCGGGUGUGUUGCUUUGUUGUUAUCGCACCUGCUUUAAGACAGGGACCCAGUCUCGCCGCUUGAGGGCCGUUGCCAAGUUUAAUGGGGGAGGCGGUGGGGAUGGGAGUGUCCUUUAGAGUUGACGAUGGUUACCGGUCACUGCACCACUAGAUGAUAGCUAGUAUAUCAGCACCUUGACUGAGUCACUGACUUCCAAAUCUCAGCCUUUUAGGGCUGGAAACGAACUUUCUCAGCAUACCUAUAGAUGAUCCAUGACAGACCCAGGUCAACUGGUCACAUGGAGUUUGGCUAGAAACCCGAUGCCAUUUGUUUUUUCUAAAUGGCAGUAAGUCUCUUUCCAGUGAGCUAAAUGCUUAUGCCCCCGCUCUCCCAUCCAUUUCUGGUAUCCUGGUGCCUAGCAAGCUGAGAGUUUUUUAAAUCAGAAGUUCAUUAGUGGGCAAAGAAUCAGAAGAAGAGAGUUCCGGAAGGAUGUUUUCUCUCUUCCCUGGGAGAGACAAUGAAGUAGUCCUUCUCUGCUAAGGACUUGCGACUAGACUGGGUCUGCUUCGCGCAUAAAUGCCCUUUCUUCUUUACUAAACCUCCUUCUGUCCUUACCCCACCCACCUGCGUGCAUGGCCUUUCUUUUUAGCAGCAUUUGGUUGGUCGUGUUGCUCUUUUCUUGGAUCUGGGAGACAUCCUUUCUCCUUUGUGUGUGUAUUUAGUUUGACUCAGAGUUUUUUAAGAUCUCUCUUUUUCCUGUCCAGGCAAGGUAGGAGUGCACUAGGUCUGUGUUUCUCAUGCAGCAGUAGUUGGUUAGAGUCAAGUAACUGCUCACUUUAGACAAGGUGUGUCAUUAUUUGCUUCCUUUAAUCAUGUCACCUGCCAUUGUAGGCACUUAAGUUUGCAACCCCUGGCCACAACUGAUUGUAGCAGGACAACUGAUUGUAGCAGGACUUAUGCUUGUAGCAUAUACUUUUUUGGUAGCCAGUAAGAAGGCCUUAGAAGCUGUUCUCUGCCUUCUUUCAUUUCUUCCCACAGGCUCCUGUAUUGCUAUAUUGUCUUAGCAGGGACAGGACCAACUUCUAACCAGUCACUGCCAGGCACAUCCAAUCGCUUGCUAGGUAGCCCCAGGGUUGGACAGUAGUUGGUCAGCCAAAAGGCUGAAGGUCAGAGAGAAGCAACUCCUCAGAGCCACCCUUAGGGCAGAAAAAAUGGAACUAGCAAGCGGCAAAGAAUCUCAGGAUUUGAGACUUUCUAAAGGUGGACCAAGGAUAUUGGUUUGGUUUUGGUUCUCCUCCUCCUUGUUUUUUUGUCUUUUUAGGGCCACACCUGCAGCAUAUGGAGGUUCCCAGGCUAGGGGUCGAAUGGGAGCUGCACCUGCAAGCCUACGUCACAGCCAAAGCAAUGCCAGAUCCAAGCCGUGUCUGCAACCUAUACCACAGCUCACAGCAACACUGGAUACUUAACCUGCUGAGCCAAUCCAGGGAUUGAACCCACGUCCUCACUGAUACUAGUCAUGUUCGUUACUGCUGAGCCAUGACAGGAACGACUGGUUUUUCUUCUGGUUGAAAAAGAAAAGUGCAAAAUGAAAAUAAAUCGUCUCUUAAGGAAUCUUGCCUUCCAAGGCAUAUACUCUUGACAUUUAAGUUUAUAGCUGCCUGUUUUAUCAUUCCAUAUGUGUGUCAGAUGGAAUUUUUAACAGACGUAGGAUCAUACGUGUUUUAAUUUUUUGUGCUUGACGAUUGUCUGCACUUUCCCUUGCCGUUAAGUCUUCUUUCAAAACAUCCUUUCUAAUAGCUACUGAUAUUCCGCUAGGGAAUAGCCAGUGGAUCUAUGUGGACAAGCCACUGUUGUUGAAGAUUUAAGUGCUUUCUGUUGUUUGCCCUUCAAACUGAUUUUGUCAUUUCCCCACUCAGGCUUCUGGAGCGCAGUCGAGAGUGUGAUUUAGAGGAUGGUGGUGUAACGGAGCUGUUCUCUAGGUUUGCUGGGAGAUGGGAAAGGAGGCUGUUUUCUCUUCUGUGCCUGUGCAUGUGUUUAUGUGGAAUUAAGGGCGUACUGGCUCACGUGUACACGGUGCUACGUGGGUUGCAAAGUGCUUUGCUCAGACACUGGUGCUGGGUCUGCACGGUAACCUGUGAAGGUGGUCGCCUCCUCCCUUGGUCAUUGAGAGGACCGUGGGUCAGCGCUAGGGAGUGACUCGCCCGGCUCGUAAGUGACAGACCUGGAACUUACAUCCCAUCUUUCCACUAAUUGGGGCUGGAUCUCACUGGUAGUUUUUCAUCAGUAAACGUUCGAAUUUGAGAGUUUUCUUUUCUUCCCUGGCUUAUCUUAGUCCCCUUUGCUGGUCUUUGCCCCUGUAAGAGCCCUUUGAUUCUGCCCUGGGCCAGUGUGUUCUCAUUCGUCCAUGGUACCCAGUAUUCUUUUUUUUUUUUUUAUAAUGAUUUUUAUUUUUUCCAUUAUAGCUGGUUUACAGUGUUCUAUCAAUUUUCUACUGUACAGCGAGGUGACCCAGUCACACAUACAUGUAUACAUACUUUUUUCUCACGUGAUCAGGCUCCAUCAUAAGUGACUAGAUACGGUUCCCAGGGCUACACAGCAGGAUCUCAUUGCUUGUAUCAUUGUAGCCAGUAUUCUUCUCUUUACUAACUGGCUGGAAGAGUUUGGUCUUUUGUCGCCCUCUCAGCAUUACCUUUAAACCCCAGGGAUUCUAUUUAAGGUACUGCAAAUAUGGCCUUGUUCAGGUUUUAUUACCCUGCCUUAAGUUUGCUCACCCGAAAAAAUGAGGAAGAUGAUAAUGCUUAUGCUGUAGAGUUCUCGGAAGAGCAAAGAGAUAAUGCAGAUAGAGCAGAAGUUUAAGCAGAAAUUGGGGGUUUAUGGCCAGGUGUGUCAUGGCACCCACAGGAUGACCUAGAUCCAGGAAUUGGAAAGCCACCGAACCGAGCAGUCCUUUCUCUGUUUCUCUAGUGCUCUCUGCACAUGUGCUGCGUUCUCUUUUCCUGAGUCCAUCUGGCAGAAGAUGGGCACCUCCAGCUCCCAGGUGCACAUGGUACAAGCUCAGCCUCAGAGAGCGUCUGUCCUACUUCAUGAUUCCCAGGGAAGGAACUCUGGUUGGCCCUGCAUGCGUUAGGCACCCUCCCCUGACCUCAGCCUUAGCCAGGAGGGUGGUACCCUGGUGCCCAGAUGAGGCUUCCAAGAGCACAGUUGAGGGGAAGGGGCUGGCGUCAGUUAAGUGAACUCUCUUGUGUGACCGCAGGCAGGAAUGGUAUCGAGUCUGUGUGCGAUCCCUGUGCUGCUGCCCUCUGGCUCGCUUCUGUCUUCACCUCCCUUUGUAGAGGCCCAGCUGCGACUUUUUUUUCAGCCUAUGAGAUGCUUAGCCCAGAUGACGGGCUGUGCCUGCCUUGGGUGGGGCUUGCUUUGAUUGCAGGAUGGGGUCAGAGUGGUGUGACUCCCCACGUGACCUGCAAGAUGAACAGGACUUUACAGCUGCGCGUCUUCAGGUGCAACAGCUGCCUCCUCCGGGCUCCGGGGCAGCACUCGCAAGUCGCUGACACUUCCCUUCUCUCUGCUCAGGGAGAUGGUACCGGAGUCGCCAGUAUCUACAGGGGGCCGUUUGCAGAUGAAAACUUUAAACUCAGACACUCAGCUCCGGGCCUGCUUUCCAUGGCAAACAGUGGUCCCAGCACAAACGGCUGCCAGUUUUUCAUCACCUGCUCUAAGUGCGACUGGCUAGAUGGGAAGCACGUGGUGUUCGGGAAAAUCAUUGAUGGGCUUCUAGUGAUGCGAAAGAUUGAGGUGAGUACUGGGUGGCGCGCCUCUUUCCCGGCCAUCCCGCCCUCGUGCUGCCCGACCAGAGCAGUGGGGCGGGUUCGGGGCCUGGAGAGGGGGCCAGGUUUGUUAGGCCAGGCUUCACUGCCUCCUGUCCAGGGAGUAACUGCUCCAGGAAAGGAAGGAGAGACCCCGUGCCUCCCGCGUGUUCCGGGCCCUACGUUAGCCCUCUGGCGCGUCCUGAGGCUUGGCCUCUGCCGACUCCUUCACCUCCUUGCUGAGUCCUCCUCGGUAUGGGGGUCCUGGCCCUUCAGGACCCGCCCCCAACCCCCGCUCCAUGAGCCUUUCUGCCACUGCCGGGCCACGUUCAAACCACACGAGGCUGCUAGCUCUCCUCUAAAUGUGCCGUACACAUCCUGCCUCUUGCUCCUUCCUGCCCCUGGGCCUUUGCUCAUGCUGUUUCCUCUACGGGAAUGUUCUCCCUUCCUUUCCUCCCGGCGGGAUUCUGUCCGUGCUCCUGGGCCCUGCUCAAGUGGCCCCUGGUCUGUGAAUCCUUCCCUGGCCUGUGUAGGCAGCAGUUCAGUUGCUUCCUCGCCCUGGAUACAACUCUGUUUUACAACUUACUGCAUUAUUACGAGCCAUGGGUUUGAUGGUUUUAAUGGCACCCUAUUCCCUUUGAUCUGUAUUCUGUUCCUCCCCUGUCGGAUAGAAAGCGGACUGUCGUCAGGUCAGCCCGUGGGUCCGCAGUCCUCAGCCCCGGGGCCGUCGGGCCUCAGUAAGCGUGAGGUGGGGUGUGUCUGAGUGGAAGGAUCACCGUGUGCUCUCUCUCCUAGAAUGUUCCCACAGGCCCCAACAAUAAGCCCAAGCUGCCCGUGGUGAUCUCGCAGUGUGGGGAGAUGUAGCCCGAGAAAGACGGAAUCAGGUGAGCGGGUCUUGCCCGGUCAGGCGUCAGAACCCUAGAGGAGGCAGCCUGGUCGAGCGGAGAGAACUUCAGGUUUGAAGACGUGGGGCUGAGCCCAUUUCCUCUCUGACCUGGGAGAAGGCGCAUCCCUUCCUGAGCCUGUGUUCUCACCUGUCAAAUGGCCAUAACGCCUGUCUCCUAGGGCCACUGUAAGGUCAUGAGAAAAGGGUCGGUGGGGACUUGACUUUCCCUCCACUUGCGGUUUACAAAGCCUGGACCUGAGAACCAUCAGUCACUUUCUCACAGCGCUCUUUGUCUCCCGCUCCAUUCAGUCGUCCCGCUGGAAGGACUUGGCUGCAGCCCCGAGGGACUGAGUCCCUGCUGGGACCAGCCUGGGCAGCCAGGAGACACACCUGUCAUGCCUCUUGUCAGAAUGAUGCUGCAGUUCCAGGCCCUCACUUCAUGUUUGCUGGCCUCGUAGGCGAAUGCGACCCAUUUCUCACCUGCGUAGACUCACUGCCCACCCAUGCUCGCCACUCCCUGCCUGCUCCGUGCUGGGCAGCAAGCUGAGCCCGGAGAGCCUAUACCGCUUAGGAGCUUAUGGGGGGAAAAACACAUAAAACACAUUCUCAGAGGGGGUCGCCAGUAAUAUGAGUGAAAUUGCUGAGUAUUAAUAAGCGUUGAAGAGAAAAAUUGAUCACUUCAGACAGGUGAAGGACGGUAGUCCCUUGCCUAUCUUUUCUUUUCCAAACAUCUUCAAACCUUCAGAAAAGUUGGAAGCAUACUACGUUGAAAACCUAUAUACCUUUCACCUAAACUCACCAGUGUUUAUCAUUUUGCUUUGACGGUUGUUUCCUUGCCUUCUUCCCUCCCCGGACCCCAUUUCCUCGCCUCCUUUCUCGCUCCCCUUCCUUCUUUCCUUCCUUUCCCUCCCUUCGUUUUCUUUCCAUCUGGAAGUUGGGGCUUCUAGACGCUUGCCCACUAAAUCCUUCCGCAGGCAACUCAUAGAAAUAAGAACAUCCUGGGUAAAGACGAGAAUGUCGUCUAAUAGACCUGCUUAAACUUCGCCACUUGUCCACCACGUAACUCUUACAGCUCGGCGGGGGGGCGGGGGGGUGGUAAUCCAAUCAAGGUCACGUAUUUUCAUUUGGUUGCUUAUUUUUACUUAUAAAGAUAACAUAAUCUCGUGAAAGAAGAGGCAAGAAUUUCAUACCAAACCGUUAAAGCCCCUCUCCCCUUGACAGCACUCCCCGCCCCAGCCCCAGCCCUCUGCUUUCCUCAGAGGUAACUUCUUUGUCCGGCUGUUGUAUGUCCACGGGGCCUUUUCUCUGCCCAUUAGAUUUGGGGAGGUUUUGUUUUUCCCAAAGGGCAUCGUAAUGCUGUUUAUCAUCUUAUUUCCCUUUGCCACUGUAUCCAAGAGACUUUCCCUCUUCCGUUCACGCAGAACUGCCUCGUGUGUAUGUAUGUAUGUGUGUACUCACAUUUUUAGGGCCACACCCACGGCACACGGAGGUUGCCAGGCUACAGGUCGAAUCGGAGCUGCAGCUGCCGGCCCGCGAGCAACUCGGGAUCCAAGUCGCUCUUCCAGCUACACCACCGCUCACAGCAACGCCGGAUCCUUUAACCGGCUGAGCAAGGCCAGGGUUCGAGGUGCGUCCUCGUGGAUGCUGGUCAGAUUCAAUCCCACUCCUGCCGUGUAUGUGAACAAUACAAAACUGAUGUAAUGUGCUGUGUCUGUAGCAUAUAUUGUAUGUUACCUUUCUCUUAAUGAUUUGAAUAAUUAUACGUUCUGAGUCGUAGUGUUUUACUUUCUAUGUUGUGGCCAUUUUCUCCAGAAUAUAUUUUAAGAAAAAGUUGGCACCGUGUUGCUCACCGUAACUGAUGAUAUCCUUUGUUAAAGACAAGUUCUAAAUUUUGGUGCCAUCACAAUUCUUCGUCUUUCCCCUGUGACCGUCGUGUUGAGCUUGUUUCGGAAGAUCCGAACGACCGCAGGUCACAGGGUCUGCCAGUGUUUCUGUAGUUUUGUUUGGAUACUGGCAGAGUUAUCUAGAAUUUAUUUUUCCGGACCCUGCCUUUUUUUCCAAAUGGAGUCAAAUGCCACACCAUCAUAAUGACUAUACAUACCUCCAUCUGUGGCUUAUUUUGUGUUCACAGCAUCUGGCUCUUACAGGCAUUCAGUUAAAAUUUAUUGCAUGAGUUAAUAGGGAGGGAGAAUGUCAGGCAUUUUAGGCAGGGAACUGGUGUGAGCAAAUGCCAGGGCAGGAAUGCACAAGUGUGUGCUAGAAGCUGCCCGAGGACUCUCUCUCAUCCAGCCAGAUGCUCCCUUCUCAGGCCCAGUUGACACUCUGAGCUUUCUCUUCUGCCAGCACUGGGGGCCCCAGGGCUCAACCUGCUCUUCCUCUGUCCUUGCUGCUGGCUCUUCCCUUCCUCGCCCCUUCAUUUCUUGGCUGAACUAAAGUUGGGCUUGUCAGUCCUUUUCCUUUUAAAGGCCAACCACUAAUUGCCACCAGGGGACAGAAGGUCACGGAAAGAAUAAAGUUUAGAAAUUCUUUUA